AUGCCUCCACGCAAGACAAUCUACCUCCCUACAAAGGACUAUGAGCUCCCAGACAUCGACAUCUUGACCUUGAUAUACGAGUCGCCUGAAUCCUGGACCCAGGAAAGCACUGUUCUUCAUGCUGAAGCCGCGCUCCCUUCCAAUGCCGUCACGAAGGCCCAAGCUCGUAUCUAUACGAGACGACUAGCAUGGGUAUUCAGGCACGUCUUCUCCAUCGGCGCCAAUGGGCCGGGCAAAGACGUCGUUGUCUGCAUCUCUUCCGGGCAGGUACUGCUGAGUAACGUCUUCUACGGGGUGAUCGCCGCCGGAGGAGUAUACUCCGCUGCGAGUUCAUCUUUCACAGCAGGAGAGUUGGCCCGCCAGAUCAAGCAGGGACGAAGUUCCUGUAUAGUGUGCAGUGAGGACUGCAGGGAUGUAGCAGUCAAGGCUGCGAAGGAUUGUGGCGUGCCGUUGAGCAGAGUUUUGGUGUUAGAGAGUAUGGGUGGGAAGAGGGCACUCGGGGAUGUAGAAAACAAGGGCCGGAACUGGCUGGACGGUGGAGAAGAGGAAUGGGUCAGGAAAGGUGACUUGUUGGACUGGGAAAGGAUCACGCACAAGCAGACGUUGAAGGAACGAGUUAUUUGCUUACUGUAUAGCAGCGGAACGACGGGCGUUCCAAAAGGAGUCAACAUCACGCACGCAAAUCUCGUCUCGGAAGGCUUGAUUCCGCAAUACCAGAUACGUCAAUACUUCGCGCACCAGCGUCGUCUCGAUCCAGCCUAUAGUUUCGAGUACCGCACAUUGGCACACCUCCCCGCAGCCCACAUUGCCGGGUGUCAGGGCUACUUUGUCAACCCGUCCAUCGCUGGCGGCCCCGUAUAUUGGAUGCCGAAAUUCGACUUCCCGCUCUUCCUCGAAUACAACAGACGCUAUAAGAUCACUACCUUCUUCACGGUGCCACCGAUAUAUCUGCUCAUUGCGAAAAGUCCGCUCGUCACCGACCAAUUUGCAAGUCUUGUGCACGCCAUCACCGGCGCGGCGCCCAUGGGCGCGGAAUUACAGGCCAUGGCGGAGAAGAAGUUGGGAUGUCAGAUCUCGCAAACGUGGGGUCUUUCAGAGACGACGGGCAGCGUGACAGCCAUGCCGUGGGACCAGAAGGAUGAAACGGGUAGUGUAUCGCCUCUACUGCCCAACGUGCGGAUGCGAAUCGUGGACGACGAGGAAAACGACGUCGAAGAAGGUCAGGAAGGAGAAUUCAUCGUCCAAGGACCCAUGGUCACGACAGGCUACUGGGACAACGAAGCCGCGACCAAAGAAGCGUUUACCAAGGACGGAGCAUGGUUCAAGACGGGCGACGUGGGUCUCUGCAAACAUGGUAAAUUCUACGUGGUGGACCGCAAGAAGGAAUUGAUCAAGUACAAGGGUCUCCAAGUCGCGCCUGCAGAGCUGGAAGCCCUUCUCCUCUCGCACAAGCUCAUCCUUGACGCGGCGGUCAUUGGCGUCCCCGACCCGUCGGGCAGCGGCAACGAAUUACCCCGCGCGUACGUCGUGGCGGACAAGUCCAAGAUGUCGGAACAGGAGAUCAAAGCCUUUGUCAGUCAGAACCUGGCCCAGCACAAACAGCUGCGAGGUGGGGUGAUUUAUCUGGACGCUAUUCCCAAAAGCCCAAGCGGGAAGAUUCUCCGACGCGAGUUGAGGGAACUGGCCAAGCGGGAGCGCGUGGCGGGACAAUCGAAGAUCUAG